GAGAGAGAGAGGGCGGAUCCAAGCCAAUGGCGACCAAGACCCUUCUUCUCGCCGGUCUCCUGGCCCUCGCCGUCAGCCUGGCGCCGCACGGCGCGGAGGCCGGCGGGCAGCCCCCACUGAUGAUCGUCUCCGGCGUCGUGCCAUGCAGCGCCGGGAACUCCAUCAACGCGGCCGCGGUCCCGCCGUUCCCGAACGCCGCCGUGCAGAUGGUGUGCGCCCGUAGCGUGAUGGCCAGCGCGACGGCGGACCGCACCGGAGCCUACACCAUGAACAUGGGCGCGGCCACCUCGUCGCUGCUCGCCCCUCUGCUCGGCAACCACUGCAAGGUGGUGGUGGUCACCCCGCUCGCCGCGUGCAACGCGUCCCUGGCCAGCGUCACCGGGACGCUCGCCGCGCCGGUGCAGCUCCUGGGCAUUGACAGCGGCACCGGCGGCCUCGGGGGCCUUGGCGGCCUCAUCGGCGGGCUCGUCGGCGGCAUCCUUAACAUCAUCCCAUUGCCCUUCUCCGUCGUGUAGAUACUCAACUACGACCAAUACGACGGACCUAAAUAAAUACUGUACGUGUCAUCAUCAUCAACCUACCAAUGUACCAAUAAAUUGGUCAACUAUCCUCGCUUUAUCAUGUAAGUAAAAUCUACUCAUGUGAUAUGUGUUACCGCUUCUAAGAAGCACAUAAGUAAGCAUAUCGCGUGAUAUUACUCUGCGAGGGCGUCGCGUGAUCAAUGUUCGUUUGUGAAAAAUGAAG